GGAUAUGGCGUAAGUUAUUCUGGUGCAUCGUACAAAUUUACUAUUCUGGAUACGUCAGGAGUUUCAAGAGCAAAUCAAGUUGCGCAAUAUCCUCAAAGUGCAUAUCAAUCACUGCAAACUCCUUAUUCACUUUUUGGUCUUGGACGUACAAAUAAUUAUAUUGAUUUAUUAUUUGCUGGAUCUACACGUAAUCAGACUUUAUAUUAUACAUCAUACUCUGGUGUAAUUCCAAAUUCUCAAUUGAUCAUUAUACCUUAUCAACCUCCAAAUGUUUAUGAUCCUACUAC